GGCCCGUGGCACUUCACCGGUUCUCUCUUCACUAACAGCACAAAGAUAUAAACUACUGACAGACUGGCGUUUAACCUCUCCGAACAACAAGCAGGUAGACGUCAGGACGUCAAACUUUAUUAGUUUAGAGCUAAAGUAAUGAAAGAGAAACACGUCCUCCCUUCAUGCUUACUUUCAACAAAAAAGAAGUUAUGGAUAUUUGCAACGGGAAGAAGAGGAGAAAGGUAAGCGGCGGUGUGCGAGGCUGCAGGCGGAGUGCGGCCGGGAAGAUGAAGCGGGAGGCUUGCAAAGUCCUCCGCUCCCUCACGGUGGAGGACAACAAUCACACUGAGCCAAUGGAGGAGGAAGAGGACGACGACUGCUUUUCCAUUAGCUUCCUCCGAAAUGACCGCCUGGAGCCCGCCAUGGUGGUGUCGCCCCGCUACAGUCUGCUCCGGGAGGUCGGCCGGGGAAGCUACGGGGUGGUGUACGAGGCUAUUGCCAGGAAAACGGGGGCCAGGGUGGCAGUGAAGAGGCUCCAGUGCGACGCCCCGGAAAACGUGGAGCUGGCUCUGGCCGAGUUCUGGGCCCUGACGAGCCUGGAGAACCGACACCAGAACGUGGUCCAGCUGGAGGAGUGUGUUCUGCAGAGGAACGGCCUGGCCCAGAAGAUGAGUCACGGAAACAAGAGGUCCAAACAGUACCUGCGGCUGGUGGAGACGUCACUCAAAGGGGAGCGUAUCCUGGGUUACCCAGAGGAGCCGUGCUACCUCUGGUUCGUCAUGGAGUUUUGCGAGGGUGGGGACCUCAACCAGUACAUCCUGUCUCGCCGGCCCGACCCCCAGACCAACAAGAGCUUUAUGCGGCAGUUGACGAGUGCGGUGGCUUUCCUGCACAAGAACAACAUUGUUCAUCGUGAUCUGAAGCCAGACAACAUCCUCAUCUCUCAGAAAUCUGGUUCUCCUGUUCUCAAAGUUGCUGACUUUGGCCUCAGUAAAGUUUGUGCAGGCCUGAACUCCAAGAACAGUGAAGAACACCCUGCAGCGGGGGCGGGCGGCAGAGGCAGCAAUCAGAACAACAUCGUUAACAUCAACAAGUUCUGGUUGUCGUCAGCUUGUGGCUCAGACUUCUACAUGGCCCCCGAGGUGUGGGAGGGUCACUACACGGCCAAGGCUGACAUCUUCGCCCUGGGCAUCAUCAUCUGGGCGAUGAUCGAACGGAUCACUUUCAUCGACGCAGAGUCCAAGCGUGAAUUGCUGGGCACCUACAUACGGCAGGGCACAGAGAUCGUACCUGUUGGGGAGGCUCUGCUGGAGAACCCCAAGAUGGUUCUCCACAUCCCUCAGAAGGCCAGGAGCUCCAUGUCUGAGGGGGUGAAGAAACUCCUCCAGGACAUGCUCGCAGUCAACCCUCAGGACCGACCGGAUGCCCUCCAGCUGGAGGUGCGGAUGGACCAAGUCACGUGUGCAGCGUGACGACCCCCCUUUCCAAAACCUCUCCUUUUUACCCUAACGAGUCAAAGAAGGGACCUCUUCCUUCCCAGCUUUGUUUACGACAUGGACGUGGACUUCAGUGGAAAAAAGGACUCAGACACCUGACAAAACUGAACUGUGAAGAAUCCACAAUCAUAAUUUGAGCGGGAAGUGACGGACUGGCUGAUGAUUCCAAAACUCUGUAUGCAAAUCAGAUCACAGCAGUUUACCUCCAGCACCAUCCACUUACAAUCGACCCCUCGUUACGCCGCCUUUGCUUAAACACUGAACCAAACAAAGCCAGUGUAAUGCCCCACCACCACCACCACCACCAACACCACCACCACCAACAAGUGUGUGAUCACAGCCAGCACGCCAGCAUUCAGGAAUCAGAGGCGUGAUGUGUAACACAACUGUCCUGCCGUGCUGGUUCUCGCUCUCUUACACAGACCUCGAUCCAGCUCUGUGACUACCUCCGCCUUCCGGUUUAAUGCCCCACCCCCCACCCCCCCCGAAUCCAUGUUCAUACCUUUUAUACAGAGCCACAAAGGUGAAUAAAGGCUGUGUAACAGAGGUCACGGUGGAGCAGAGGAUGUUUAACUGGUGGAUGAUGACUGGAUGUGACAACCUGGUUUAUAUCUCUUGUUUUAUAUUUGUUGACUCUUGUUCCCAGCAGCCUGCUCUCCCCUGUCAUUGGUACUGGACUGGACUGUGGCUCAGGUCACUGGGCUGGAUUAGUGUUCUGAAGUCAAAGCACGGGCCAUCCAGUGUUUAACAUGUGUGUGAACAUCACACUGCCCCGAACAUCCUUGUGCCUUCAAGAUGAUUCACACCAAGUGCGAUUGGAUUUUUAAAUAAAACGAUUUUUUUGGGUUCCAGUGUGAGAAGCUCACACACCAAGACAGACUUUAUGAGUCUCUUGCAGGUCUCUGUCUGUAAAAAUGCACAAUUGACCAAUAGACUCUUUUGCUUUCAGUGAUGUCACACUCUUAAACAAUAUCCCAGGCUGCAGUAAUAUCACAUUAGACUGUGAUCACUUGGUUUCCCUCCGCUGCCCAGAAGCUCCAGUGCAAUCGUGACGCUGAGUCUCCAAAUGUUUCUCCGUCAGUGUCACGUUUGCUCGUGUUAAGAAGGUUUACAGGGAUGUUUCACAGAUCUUUGCCACACAGGCAGAACGAAUGUGAAUGUUGAUGGUUAUCAUGUUGUUUUGAAGGUGAACUGUAUAAUUCACACCUUCAGAAGUAGCUGGCCUGUAGCAUCUCCAUUCAGUGCUGCGCAACUGUUACCAAACAAUGUUUAACAGGAAAUUCAGACUGGUUUUAUUGGGCAUCGAUUUCUGUUGAAUCCAAAGAGCGUCUGUUGGACAAAUAGUCAUAAAUCUUUGUAUCAUCACUGCAAAGAUCAGUAUUAACAUAUUUGCUAACUUACGUCAUGUGGUUGUCUAACUUUGUACUGAAUGGUUUUUACACUGGGGUUGAGUGUGUCAGUGUCGGACUCAAGUUGAUGGACACACGUGGAAAUACUGAGCAUUGCUCUUCCUGUUGAGUGAGUGCAUGAAAGUCUCUGAUUGUUGUGAUGUGAAUACUGGGUGUAAACAGUCUGACACCUGAGCAGUAUUGAGCCAUCUGUGGCUGAAUCUGAUUCAAGGGCUCUCACAGGAAAUUUGAAGAUUUGCCAUCUGGAAAUAAUCCCCAGAAGCAGCCAUGGGAUUCCCAUCCUCACGCCCCCCCCCUCCCCUCUUUACUGAAGUGCUCCAGACUCUUUGCAGUGGCAUGUAGCUGUAGUGCACGCUCAGGCAGCGGUUUGGUUGUAGCUGCUGUCGGUGUUGUGAGAGUGGGGUUAGUUAAACAAAAAUAUGGAGCCACAAGUCACACGACAGUGAGAUGGUACUUGAGAUGGUUUGUAUGUUCCAGACCUAGAGAGAUUUUAGCUUUCACUCUCCUGCACAGACCAGAGGAAUGACCAGCACCUGCCUGUGGUUUCACAGCACUGUGUAGCGUUCAGGUUGCGUUCAGUGACUCGGCAGUAGAUGUAGAUUUGGGUCUAGAAACAACCUCUCUCAGUCUCAUUAGUGAACUUGUCUUAUUUUCUGAUACUUUGCUUGAGUGGGAUAGAUUUUUACCUCAGACUGGAUCUGAACUGACCUCCGACUGAUUUCUCUGUGUGCUGUUCUGCUUAACUACAGGUGACAUAGAGCUGUUUCCUUUAUAUUGACCACAUCUGCUGCACCUGUUAACGUUUAUAUUACAGAGCUAGUCCUCACCCACCACCAGAUUACAUUCAUAUUGUUUCAUUUCCACAACUACAGCUCCCAUCAGGUCACAUCAGUGUCUGCAAGUGUACGCCUGAAAGCCUCAGUGUUUUUCAAACAACUUAGCAUGUUUUAUGCAGUUUUGCACAGUCUGCCCUCCUGCCAAGUCCAACCCUCAUUUCACUGUACAUUGUACCUUGGCAUGUGACAAAUAAAAUGAACUGCUGUUUAGUGGCAGCAUCGCGUAUACAUUAAACAUAAAACACUAUAAUACAGUAAUAUAUUAUUAAAAAAACAACUGAAACAUAACAACGAUAUAUAUACAACUGGAUUAGUGUGUGAAUUCAGGAGGAGCUGCUUCCGAUUGAAUGUUUCAGUUUGAUUCAGUAAAUGUCACUGAUCCUGAAAGUGUCAUUUACGACUAAGACAGAGAAUUAGCGUAUUUGUGUUGAAUGUCAUUGCGCCCUGACACUCACAGGAGCUGUAGUUGUUGAAUGAAGGUGUUUGAUUUUUCUCUUUGUGCUAAAGGACGAGUGUCGCUACUAGAAAGUCUGUUAUUUUCCCUUUUGGGAUGUUGAAUCUCAGCAGUGUUCAAUCUACCCGUUUCUCUAGUUAAAGAUAAACAUGGUUAAAAGGCUGUUAGUGGCGUUGCUGUGUUGAUAGUGCGUAAGAUAGCUGAGGAUCUUUACAGUCAUCGUCACUAACCCUUGUUGUCCACUCCCCUGCUGUCACUGUGUUUCUGUAUGAGCCGUUGGUUUAGCUCUCUUCAGUCUAGUGAUGACUCCACUUGAAAACACUUUACACUAUGCAAAAUGUUUCACUGCCUCACUGUAAACACCGUACAGAGCCACGCCCUUCUCAAACAGCUGUGUGUAAUAUCUUGAACUUUUUUCUUAGUGCAUAUUUCCAGUGUGUACAGAGAAGCUUAUUACAGAUGUUGUGUUUAAUAAGAACUGUUUUUGUUAAUGAAGCUGACAGGAGCCAUUAGAUGUUUGAGGAAGCAUCACACAAUCAUUUUUUUCUUUUGUUCUUUUUUUU